AUGUCCCGGGGGCCGGCUUGUUCUUGGUUGCUGGCUCCCACGCCCGAGAGCGGUGACCUUGCCUGGGAGUGGGUUAGAAGCCUCGGGCUGCACGGGGGCCUGCGCUUCCUGGACUGGGACGCCUGCUGGGACUACGCCAGGGGGCGCUGCCGCCACGGCGACAAGUGCAACUGGAGGCACGACGACAAGGGGCCGGAGAAGGCGGACCGGCCGGCCGAGGCGGAGGACCGGGAGGGGCAGGGCGGCGAGGACGUUGACGAGACCGACCGUGGCAUCGACGCGUUCGACGACCCAGAGGCCUUGCCUGCCGCCGAGGCCGACGAGCCGCCGUCCGGCGCGGCGGCGGAGAUGGCCGACGCGAUGCGGGGGCAGAAGGCGGCGCAGCUGCUGCGGGCCAGGCUGCGCAACUCCGAGUUCGAGGGCUACGAGGCGUGGGAGGCGGCGCUGGACAUCGAGGAGGCGAAACUGGCGGACCAGGAGGCCCGCCUGCGCGCCGCCAACCGGGCCCGGCUGCAGGCCGAGGCCAGGAGGCGGGAAGCGGCGAGAGCGGCGAAGGAGCGGCUGGAGGCGGAGGAGGCGCUCACGCUGCAGGCCAGGAGGGAGGCCGCGGAGGUGGAGGAGGCGAAGAG